UUGGGGCGUCGACUGAGCUCGCUCAGACCAAUCGCAGUUCACGCACAAAAGUUGUAAACAAGCCUGACAUGCUGGUUUAAAGCUCGACGUCUUCACGGCCAACACGAAAACGAAAACAUCAAAGGAAAAUAGAGAAGUAGGUGCUACGUCUGCGUCACCGAAAAAUACAAAGGUGAUGGCUACCCAGACGUGGAUACAAACCACUCUCAGAAGAAAUCACACAAUGGAACAAACAAGCACCAGAAAGUCCGUUGUAUGUGCACCCCAUUCUUGGAAUUCAGUUUCCUGCAACAUGUGAAAGACAUCAUAAAUUAAGACGAAUGGAGCAGCUAAUAAUUACAUCUGAGCAGAUUUAAAAUGAGACUGAUCCUAUCCAUAUGGAAGCUCUCGAGAUUUGCCUCAGGAAAUCUCAGAAACUGUGACCUGAAGACAAGCUUUGAGUCCCAGUACAUUGGAUUCGUCUCCCCAAUAGAAAAAGGUUUGGGUGGUAAGGGGGAUUGUUCGCAGUGGCAUGAUACAGUCCAUGAUGGAUGUUGCUGAUGCUGCUUAGCUCUACUCGUAGUGUUUGUGAGGAGCAGAAGUGCGAGGAAGAAGUUUUUCCCCUGGCCAUGAACUACUUAGACAGAUUUCUAGCAGUGGUCCCCACCAAAAAGUGUAACCUGCAGCUGCUCGGAGCAGUUUGCAUGUUUCUUGCAUCCAAAUUGAAAGAGACUCGUCCAUUAACUGCAGAGAAGCUUUGCAUCUACACAGAUAACUCCAUCAGACCACAAGAACUGCUGGAAUGGGAACUGGUAGUGCUGGGGAAGUUGAAGUGGAACCUGGCAGCAGUGACACCGAACGACUUUAUCGAGCACAUAGUGAGGAGGCUGCCGCUGCCUGAGGAUAAACUGACUCUUAUACGCAAACAUGUCCAGACGUUCAUCGCCCUCUGUGCCACAGAUUUCAGAUUCGCCAUGUACCCUCCAUCCAUGAUUGCCACAGGAAGCGUGGGGGCAGCAAUCUGCGGCUUACAGCUGGACUCAGUGAACCACUCCCAGUGGGGGGACAGUCUGACAGACCUACUGGCCAAAAUCACAAACACAGAAGUGGACGUUCUCAAAGAAUGCCAGGAGCAGAUCGAGCGUGUGUUGGAGAGCAGCCUGCGUGAGGGCCGGAAGCAGCAGCAACAGCAGCAGCAGAGCCAGAGAGGCCCGAGCAGCAAAGGCCUGGACGAGCUGGAUCAGUCCUCCACACCAACAGAUGUCCGUGACAUCAACUUGUGAACCACAAGAGGGCCUCAUUGCGCAGGAUUUACAGCAAUGACAAAAAAAAAAAUUGAAUCAUGAAAAAAUGUAUUUCUUAAAAGCAGAAAAAAAGAACAAAAAAAACAAAAUGCUAAAAACACAAGCCCUUCAAAAGAAAAAGAACAAUGCUUGCUAGUUUUUUGUAGAUUUUUCUGUUCUUCAAGACAAAGGCCUGCCCGCAAAAUCGAGAUUUUCUAAAAGCAACAGAUUUGCGGCACGAUGACGCUCCGUGGUGCCUUGGAUGCACAGAAGGGAAACCAAUCAUAUUUGCAUUCUGCCUUUGAUUGUAUAGAAUGAUCAUUAAGUUAUAUUGUCACCAUAGCUGGUUGGCAGAAAGUUGCAUAUGUGGGAUCAAAGUAUGGGCUUAGUUUUAUUCUCGCUCUCUAUUUUGAUAUAUAUAUAUAUAUAUAUAUAUAUAUAUAUAUAUAUAUAUAUAUAUAUAUAUAUAUACACAUAUAUAUAUAUAUAUAUAUAUUCAUGUUAUCUUGACCAUCAGCAAGAUGUGGAGAGGAAGCUUUGAGAACAGUAUGCGUAACGUUGGUGGGUCCCCAAUCCAGGGAUGGGAAAGGAUCUUUUGAAUCAUCAUUAUUAGUCAUAGUAAUUAUUAUUAGUGGUAAUAAUAUUAUUUGACAUAUUUUGAGUAGUCAAGAUCAAUAAGCUCCUUUGUCAGGCUGCUUGUAUGUAUGGGUUAGUUAACGGAUUCAGCAUGCCUCAGUGUAUGCGUGUGUGUAUGCAUGCGGAGUCUGAAUGGGGAUCCUGUAUCUAAAUUAGCAGUAAACAUUAUAAGGCGCGAGGCAUUUACAAUGUUAGAAGACUAUGGAGCAGGCUGAGGUUCCAUACACACUUUGUCUAUCAGUAUAACGGGGUAUCUAUGCUAUGUCACUGCCUUCAUUCAUCAGCAGUGUAUCUCGGUCUGUUGUUGGCCCGGCAAUAAACUGCUGCAUGGACUAUGAAUGAGACAGAGUGUGUGUGUGUGUGUGUGUGUGUGUGUGUGUGUGUGUGUGUGUGUGUGUGUGUGUGUGUGUGUGUGUGUGUGUGUGUGUGUGUGUGAGAGAGAGAGAGAGAGAGAGAAAGUGUGAGUGAAGGAAGCUUCACUUCGCUUAGUGCCCCUCUGAGAGCAUGUUUCUAAAGUCUUUAAUAACCUCAGCCUCAUAGGUCAUGCAAGGCGUUUUGUUUGUUUUAUAUAUGGCCACACAUUGUCACAUAGUGUUACAAUGUCUUUUCUCAGUUAGAGCACAUUUGAACGGCGGAGAGGACAACGCCUCAGAGACGGGAGGACGGGGGAUUUCUGCGUUCAUUAGAAGGGAGGCGACAGGGUGUGAAAGGAAUGGGGAAAAACAGUUUGCAUGGAUGAAUGAAACAGAAUGGUGACGUGGGAGCAUGCUGCUGAUGUACAACUAGUGGCUGAAUGGUGACUAUAACACCCAAUAGAGGUUUGAGAGCAGAAUGAUUUGGUAGGAUUAAAAAUCUUUUUAUGGAGGUGUACUAUAACACAGUUGAGUCUUUUUUUAUGUAUUGGUUUCCAUUUACAUGGAUGCUAAAUGAGGAACUAAGGCUGCCAGAUCAUGUGAGGAUGACUUUCCUUUUUUUUUUUUGUUGUUGCUUGGAGGAGUACAAUAUAUUGUCAAUGCAUCUGGAGUCCACCAUAGGGUUGUGUUCUGCUCCCUAUAUGAUUUCAAUGGCAAAGCACUUUGAGAACAUGCUCCCCUGGAGAUACAUCAAAAUGAAUUGGUGGUGAUUUGGAGGUGGGUGGGUGUUUCUUUUUCUCUUCAAUUUUUUUUUAAGCCUGUUCUUUGGUUUACUUUGUAGGGCUGGUUUCCCAAUGACCCCCUAUGUCAAGCAAGAGUCACAUAAAACAGGACAUUCCAAUCAAAACGAACAUUCCUAUUCAAGCAAAGACCAACUUGAUCCAAGGAGCUUGUUCAUUUCCAAGGAUUGGAGCAAAAACAAAGGCCAAGAAACAGUUCCCUCAUCUGUGGCUUUCCUUUUACACUGUCAAGAAUUUUUUUUUUGUACUUGAAUAUUUCUUUCUAUUUAUCUGCAUCACAGCCACAGUCAUGUCACACAGGGCGGCACUCGGGUGGUCGUAACAUCCAAUAUUUGCACAAGUUCUUCAGAGGCCAAUGAGGUUUUGUCUUUUUGUUUGUUUAUUUUAACUUCCCAAAACACCACAAGUGACGUGUGUUUUUAAUGGCUGUUCACUUUCUAUGGUGCUGGCUUGAAACUGCAGAAAUGUUGAACAACAUUGUGUAAGGCUAUGUUGUGUGUCACUCAGUCCUCUUUGAGCUUUGCUGCUUCGAAUAAUCGACGAGGUGGUUCAUCAGGCAGAGAGACACGACCGUGUUUUUUCUUUUUUUUGGGGGGGGCGGAUGUUCACGUGUGCUUGAGUUGUCGUUUUUUUUCAUGAAUUACAUUGCUGGUUGUGAGACUGAAAAAAAAAAUGUGGGGAUGUUUUUGUUUUGUUUCAAAUUUGGCGAUCUGAUUUGCCAAAACAUCCAGUUUUCGGUAUUUGCCCUCCUUCAUUUUGCCUCUGCCGGAUGUAAGCUCUCACCCAAACUUAAUGUCUUUCCUGCAAUGUCUUGUUGCGUGUGUUAUAUAUUGAGACCACACUUUCAAUUUGUGUUUGAUAUAUUUUAUGGGGUGACCAGACCCACAAAAGGGUUUUUUUUCUAAGAUUUAGAGAUACUGUAUUCCAAAGUGAAGAGAGGACAGAGGAGGUGUGAAGACAUCAAGAAAAAAAAUGUCAAUAUUUUUAUUGAGUUAUUGUUGUCUUUUUGCGCUGCUAAAAGCUAUGAAUUUGUUUCAUUUAUACAAAAUAACAUUACAGAGUUGUGAUGUGUCACUUGAGUGUGCUGCUAUUUUAUAAACAUUUGUAUUAUAAUAUAAUUAUUUUACUGCUUAAGAGAUAAAUUCAUAAAAACGAAGUAGAAGGUGAUAGAAGAACAUGAAAUGAGUAUUCGACUGGAAAUGUUCUUUGUACAGUUUGACAUUUUGCUUAGAUAGCAUGUCUCCUUUACCCCUUUUUGAAUCUAUUUUGCUCUUUUUCUUCAGUCACAUUCUGCAUCAGUGGUAUAUGUUCUAUACCUCAGGAUUACUGGCUACAUACAAAAAAAAAAACAUAUACACACAUAAAUCCAUCUAUCACUGAUACCUCUGCAGUUAGGGAGCCUGGAAUAGAAUAGAAAACAGCAAAUUAGCAUUUUGUGGAUGUGCCACUGUUUGGCUUCCACUUGGACAUACUGGAGAGGGGAGUGGGGGUGACAACAUUUCUGUGGGUGUUCUAGCAAGCUUUGCUCAUGUUGGUGCUACAUCUGACAUGUUGUGGGUAACAAGAACAUUCCUGUGAUGGCCAAAACUGUUACCCUGAAUGUCCUCCAAUAUGGAUUCCCAAUGUAGCAACGAAUUGUUUCGGUCUGAGGUCUGAGAUAAUGUGCGUAUGUGAGGUGUGUAUGUGUGCAACAUUGUAACUACCGCAGAAUGGACAAGGUGGAUGACACCUGUCAUUUGGACUCAUAAAUAUAGUGAUAUCUGGAAGUUUGAAUAGAGCACAUUUCCCUUUGAGAACCCCCACCCCCAGCCCUCCCGCUCACUAGAACCCAUAUCAUGUACCUCAAAUGUCUGUUGCACAACCUCUGUUCAAUAAACUUCUGCUUUAAAGGGUGUGACACCACAUCAGCUCAC